AUGGGCUUCGACGCAGGAGCUUGCCCCGCCAUCUUUGUCGUGGCAUCGCGCCUCCCAGCGCCGCCGGUGCCCUGGGCCGCCUGCCCCGCGGGCGCCGAGGCAGCUUGCCGGCCCACGCGGUGCCGGCUGGGCCGGCUGGCGCGGGCGCUCGCGGGGGCCGCGCGGGCUCGCCGCCGGCCACGCCCCUUCGGGGUUCAAGCACUUGCGGAGCGCAGCCAGCGCUUCGCUGCAGGCAGAAAGGGAAUGCGUGCCGCCCGCGCGCCCAUUGCUAUGCCGUCUUUCGACGUCGAGGAUCACAUCAUCCCAGAGAUGUACGUGAAGGUUAAUACUGGCCUAGGCGGGUGGGUUCUCGGCGCGCUCUCCGAGCGCUGGACUGGACCUGGCCGCAGCGGGAUCGCCGAGGUCUCCUGCCGCUGCGUGUUCGAGGGCUCGGACACGACUGACGGCCUGGUGGCCAUCCUCCGGAAGCAGCUGGCACGCUGCGGCCCGGAGCACCUGCAGGGGGUCGCGUGCCAGCCCUGCCCUCCGUGCCCGCUCCCGCCUGGGCACUACACGGGGCUCGACCUCUGCGGCGCGGCCGUGGUGGGCGUGGCCCUUGGCGCUGGGCUCGCGACCGCGGGCUGGUACGAGGACGACGAGAACUUCCAGUGGCAUCACCGUGUGCUGCUGGUGAAGGGCGAUGCCCAGAAGUGGAUCUGGCUCACGCCGGAUGGGGAGGUGGCCUUCGUCGACCUGGCCACGUUCCGCGUGCUGGCCCUUCGGCGUUCGGGCCCCUUCCCGGCGCGGCAUGCGGGCAACAUCUACGCCUUCGACGAGGUGGCGCCGGAGGACAUGCAGGGCUACCUCGAGGAGGCCAGGGCCCUGGGGACGAUCCUCGGGUUCGACCUCGCAGGCGUCGUCGGCCUCCCCGGGGACAAGUGGUACGUGAGCGACCCCACCUCGUCGCACUUCGGCGAGGAGGUGCCGCCGCAGGUCCUCGCCAACGAGGAGGUCCUGGUGCGGCGUGGGGAUGUUGGGCUCGUACGGCUGGACGACGUCUGGGUCCACGCGAUCAAGGUGGGCGAGGGCCAGAACUUCGACACGUACCUCGCCCGAGCUCGAGGGGGCGCGGGCCGGGACCCGCGCAUCGUGGGCGACGACAGGGACCAGGAUGGAGGCAGGUACAUCGACUUCCGGGACUCGGUGCGCCGCAUGAAGGAGGCGACGAUACCGGGCUGGCCGCUGCAGGGCCGCCGUGCGACGAGGGAGGCUGUGCUUUCGCUUCGAGACGGUGGCCAGGGCAACUGGGAGGAGCACCACACGACGUGGCUCCGCCGCAGCGGAGUGGCCGAGCGCGGGAACGUCGCCCGGGAGCACCACAUGAUCUGCGUGUCUCUUCGGAUGAUGCAGCAGUUCGAUCAGCUCGACCUGUUCAACAUCGCGGGCGCCGAGUAUCUUGUCAGACGGCUCAAGCAGCUGGAGUCGGCGACCCGCAAGAACCCUCGGGCCCCCGACUUCGAGGGGCUCGACCUCAUCCUCGACACGGGGGUCGACGACACGGGCGGCAUGGUGCUGCCGGAGUUCGACGGAUGGGUUGGCGACCAGGCGCGUGCCCGCGCUCAGACCAUGAAGGCGAAUCGGCAGUGGCAGGAGGAGAGCGGGUGCUCCAGCGUCGCUCACGUGAACACCGUGUUCGUGAGGCAGUGCAUUCGAUCAACUGUCUCGCCGCCUGCACGGUGCGCCAUCGCGGCCGCGGGCCAGGAGCUCCUCAAGUCCGACUCGCUCUACGGAGGCGCGCCGUCCAAGGUCGCCCCGUACGAGGAGUCCAAGCUCAAGUUCUGGCAGUCCUCGGUCACGCCUCGAGACGUGGAGGAGGUCUGCCCCAAGAUCGUCGUCGACGCCUUCCGCGACCCCGACGCCUACAUCCGCAAGCCGGACCGCGUGGUGGAGCAGGACCUCGAGCUGCUGCCGCCGAUCAAGCCGUACUGGGACGCGCGGCUUGCCAGCGACGCCAGCCUUCGGCGGGACUUCCUUCUCAGGCUCGCGGGGCGGGGGCUGGUCGGCUUCCGGAGGCGUAUCAGAUCACGUGUGGGGUGUUUCUUCGUCGAGAAGAAGGGCGGCUGGAUCCGCCUGGUCGUCGACGCUCGCGACACCAACCGCACCCACUGGGCGCCGCCGCACGCCGCCCUCGGGACCCCCGCCGCCCUCAGCGAGCAGGACUGGUCCGAUGCUGCGCUCUCGGACGCUGGAUGGGUCAGUGCUGAUGGCUCUCCCGCUCAGAUCUUCGGGUCGUCCCUCGACCUCCAGGACUCGUUCUACCAGUUCUUCUCGGAGCGCGUCGCGGAGGAUUUCGGGAUGGACUUCCCUGAGCGGGCCUCCUACUACCAGGUCUCCCACAUCUGGACGCCCGACGGCCUGUCCCCAGUCGACCCCGACGAGCUCGUCUUCCCGGUCUUCCGCGGGGUGCCGAUGGGGUGGUCAUGGGCACUCUGGGCCGUGCACUCGUCCGUCACGUCCUGGGUCUCUGACACGCUGCCGGGGGGUGCCCGGCGCCUGCUGCUCGACAAGCAGCCGGCUCCCGUCGCGGCGCCCUUCCGCCCCGCGGGGUCGGUCUACGUGGACAACGUCUCGUUCCUGGGCCUUUCGAGCGACGACGUCGGGCAGGCGCUGCAGGCCGCGAAGGACAAGCUCGACUCGCUCGGCAUCGCGUACCACGAGGUCGAGGGCCCGGCCACACACUUCAGCACCGUCGGCGUCGAGUACGACGGGAGGCGGAGGCGUCUGCGUCAUUCCGAUCACCGAGCCUGGCGCCUCUACUUGGCCUGUCAGGAGCUCGAGCGCACAGGGGUCCCUCGCGCGGCCUGGCAGAUCCGAGUGUUCCUCGGGCACUGUGUGCAGCACUGCCUGCUGCUGCGGCCGGCCCUCUCGAUCUUCCGCCUGUCUGCUGGGGCCCGCCGGGAGAUCCAGCUUUUCAGGGGCCUCAUCUUCCAGGCCGUCGUCUUCUUGGACCGGCCGAUGUCCUCCCUGGUUUUGUGCUCCGACUCGUCCGAGGCGGGCUACGCUCUCCACCGCCGACGCGCUGACGUGCGACUCCUUCGGCAGCUGGCUGCUACCCGGGAGAGGUGGAGGUUCGUCCCCGACGAGAAGCGGCCCGACGCGGCGCUCGACGACACCUUCUCCCCGGGCUGGGCGCCGGGCGCUGGAGGAGUGCUGGGGGAGCCGCCGGGCGCUACAGGCAUGGACGUCUGGGCCCCCCCGCCGACGCGCUCGAGGGAGGGCGCCCGAGGCGUACUCAAGGGUCGUCUCAGGCCCACUGUGCGACCUGCUGGCGUCUCCGUGCCCGACAGCCUCGUCGAUCCCAAGGACUGGUCUCUCAUCGUCGAGGGCGCCUGGCGCCGCGGGGCCCCCAUCCACCUGUUGGAGGGCCGCAUCGCCCUGGGGGGCCUGCGGCACGCCGCCCGGCAGGUCGACUGCCACGGGUCCCGCGUGCUCAGCCUGGGCGACAACAUGUCGGAGCUCCUCUCCAUCGAGAAGGGGCGGGCCGUGGACCUCGGCCUCGCCUGCCUGUGCCGGAGGGCCGCCGCCUACCAGAUCGCCUGCGGGAUCUCCUGGCGGCGCCGACACCUCGACACGGACCGCAACCUCAGUGACGCGGGGUCGCGGAAGGCGCUGCAGGGCGUCUACCGCCCGGGGCAGCGGCGGGUUGGCGGCAGGUCGGACAGGCCCACUCUGCCCGCGGGCUGCCCGCCGCCGGCGGCCACGACGCCGGCCCCGCCGGCGCCCUCGGCGACCGCCAGCUGGCCUGUCGCCGAGGAGGCUUGCGAGCCUCCCCCCGCGGCGCGGCUGCGCGGCGGCCGACUUCAGACCUGCCCGCCGCGGCCGCCGCCGCGGGCUCCUGGAGCUGCUGGCCGCUGCGGGCCGCGGCGGUCCCCACGGCCACGAGAGGGGCCCGCAGCCGGCGCCCCUGGCCACCCUGCACGCAAGGCGACGUUCGACGAGGCCGAGGGGGCCCGCGACCUGUCGCCGCCGCUCGGUCUGGCGGUCGCGGCUCCGAUCGACAUCAAGUUCGGGGGUUGGGGCGACCUGCUUCGGCCCAGCAUCGAGACCGUCGUUCGCCAGUGGAUCGUCUCUCGCAAGGUCUGGUUCGUGCACUUCGGGACUCCGUGCACUCCGUGGUGGUCCCUCGAGAACCCCCGGGGAUCCCGGCUCUUCUCUUGGGAGCCUCUUCAGAAGUUCCUGUCCGAGCAUAGCAAGGUCUCCGUGGUGUAUGACUGCUGUCAGUUUGGAGCCCCGUACCAGAAGCCCACCAGGAUUGAGUCUGACCUCCCCGAGCUCGGUAUCCUUGAAAGGCGUUGUCUUGGAGGUCAUGCCCACGAGCAUCUUCAGGGGAAGGUCAAGGUCCGUGAUCGCCAGGGUCGGCUCAAGCAGUUCUGGCGCACGACCCUGGCUGGAGCCUACCCUCCUGGAGUCUGCCACAGCGCCGCCCGGGCCUUGGCGCGCGCGGCGCCGCCUGCGGCCUGGCGACGAGAUGGGGAUCCACUGCUGCCCGGUCACUGGGAGGCUCAGCUCCGCCGUGCAGCCAAGAUGGUCGACGUCCAGCCGUCCCUCGAGUGCCCCAGCUGCCCGCGGAAGUGGGUCGCGCUCUGGCCGCCAGACGCCGUGCCCGCUGACUCCUCGCCGGGCUUCCUGCGGCGUUCGCAGGUGCGGCCGGCCACUCAGGCCCGCUACCUCGCCAGCGUCGCCGUGUUCGCCACGGCCAUGGGUGUCGUCGCCGACCGCUGGGUGAGCAAUGACCUCCCCCUGGUGGACACACUCCUUGAGGAGUACUUCGGGCAGCUCUACGUCGACGGCGGCAGCAAGAGCACGGCCCGCUACACCUUGGCCGCCUUGGCCUACCGUUUCAGCGUGUCGCUUCGUGCCCCAGGCGUCUUCCCGAAGGCGAAGGGCGCCCUCGCUGGCUGGGGCAAGCUCGAGCCGGACGUCACCUCGGAGCCGCUCUGCUGGGCUGCUGCGUGCUUGAUGGCUCUGUACCUGGCCGGCCUCAACACGGAGAUUGCCCUGCAGGCCGCCCGCGGCCUGGUGGUGCAGUUUGACACGUACCUGCGCCCUGGUGAGCUGCUGGACCUCCGCGUGCCCUGCUGCAUCCUGCCGCAGCCGAGUGCCGGCUCAGGGUACAACAAGAUGGGGCUCGUCGUCGGCGCCUCCGCGCUGGUCAUGGGCGACGACGUGCACACGCGCGUCACCAAGACUGGCCUCCAGGACGACACCGUGCUCAUCGAUGGCCAGUCUCGUGCGGGUGUGGCUGGCGCGCUCAUGGCCCUCGUCAAGAGCGCCAACCAGGCCCGCCUAGGGCGCCUCAUGUUUCUCCAUUCGUACGCUUCGUACAACCGCUUGCUCAAGAGAGCCGCCGUCGCCGUCGGCCUCCCGACCAAGGUGACAGCCCACCUCCCUCGGCACGGCGGUCCGUCGGAGGACUACUUGAGAGGCGCCCGCUCGCUGGCCGACAUUCAGUCUCGUGGCAGGUGGUCGAGCUUCCGUUCUGUGCAGCGCUAUCAGAAGAGCGGCCGUGCAUUUGCAUCCUUCAGACGCCUCUCGGCCGCUGUGAAGGCAGAGGCUAAGCGUGCAGAGGCCUUGCAGUUGUCCUUCCUCUCGUAG